AUGAGUGGCGAUUCUGAUUCAGACAGGGUAAGUUCAUGGAUAACAUAUUUUUAACUCCAACAUACUUUUGUUAUGUAUUGAAAUUAAGUUUUUUGUUUGGCGCAUUUAUUAUUAAUUUUAUAUGAAUCUCCUUUACAUUUUUGAUUCUACUUUAGGUAUUUUUUGGCGUAUUUAAAAAAAGUUAAUUUUCAGGACGAUGCUCCAACAUCUAGUCGUAGCAGAACGAAAAGAACAAAAUAUGUAGAAAGUGGUAAGUAUUUUUUAAAAUAUUUAUUGAUUUAGGCUAUUUUCGUAACGGGUUUUAAGGGUUUUUACUGAUUGUAUUUUUUUGUUACAUACUAAAAUAAUGUUAUCUUAGGCUCUUCGUCUGAUGAUAACAUCGAUGCCGACAUGAAGAAACAAAAAGUAAAGAAAUCUGCAGCUAAGAAGCAGAAGUCCGAACCUACAAACAUGUUGGCGAAAGAAAUGAUUGUGUUCGAACAAGUAGAACAGCAGGAAAUCGAUCGUCAACGUGCUGAAAUUGCUAAGAAACUCAGGCACUCUCAUUCUAAAGGGAGGAAAAGCAAGAACAACGAAUCUGAUGCUAGCAGUGUUAGCUCUUUAAGUGGAUCGGAGUCUGAUGGUACGUUUUUUAAAAUAUUUUUUAUAUUUUAGGUAUAUUUGUGUUAAAAAGGCAUGAAAAGCUUUUUGUGUGUUAAAGUACAUGACAGUGUUUAAGGAGAAAUAAAAUCGCCAACAAAAGAAGAUGAUGAAGCCGACAUGGACUUCCACAAACCAUCUGAAGUCGCAGCGAAGAACAUCAAGAAAUCUGCCAUGGACAAGCUGAUAGCUAAAAGAAAGGAUAAGAAGGAGAAAGUGGUUGAACAAGAACGGAAAAGUCGUGCUAUUCUUGAUAUUGACGAAGUUUUUGGUACGGAAAUGGGUGGAGACAGGACAAUUUCAUCUAGUUCGUCUUCCUCAUCUUCUAGCAGGUCAUCUUCACGUUCUUCAAGUAGAAGUCGUUCUGCUUCUCCAAGUGAAUUAAAAGAAGUAUGUUAUAGCGCAUUUAAGAAAAAAUUUUUUUACACUUGCUUAUAAUAUAUUUUGUUGUAGAUUGAAUCAAAAGAGGAACUGGAGAUGGCAAGAUUGUCACGUUACCGUAUAUCACAAUAUGUUCAUCUACCAUUCUUUAACAAGUUGGUAACGGGAUGUUUCGUCAAAGUCGGUAUUGGCAAGCACGCUGGCAAAGAUGUGUAUAGAGUAAGUUUUAUAACGUUUUUAGGUAACACUUAAAAAGUGGGAAGAUAUAACUAAAAUAAAAUAAAAGAUUUAAAAUUUUUAGAUAUGUGAAAUUGUUGAUGUAGUAGAAACUAGCAAGGUAUACAACGUGGAAAAAGCUCGUACUAAUAAGGGUCUGAAACUGAAACAUGGUAACGCUAGUCGGGUGUAUCGUCUGGAGUUUUUAUCAAACCAAAAGUUCUCGGACAGCGAAUUUAAACAUUGGAUAACAGAAAUGCGAGACAAGGUAAUUUUAAGAAAAGUUUGCGGAUGUAUACUUCAUAUUUGGAUACGACAGGAAAUUCUUUAUUUAGGUAUAUAAUUAUGGUUUUUUCUAGAAUCAACAACUUCCAAGUGUUGAAGAAGUCAAAAGUAAGAAAAAGGAGAUUGAAGAGGCUACAAAGAGGAACUUCAGCGACAAUGAUAUCAAUUUUGUAAGUUUUUUUACUGUAAAAAAGUAUUGUAAUGUAAAACGAGGUAUACUAUUAUAAUGUUUAAUUAUAUUUUUAGAUGGUCAAAGAAAAGCAGCGUUUCUUGAACACACCAACCAAUUUUGCGGUCGAAAAAUCAAGGCUAAUGAAAGCAAAGGUACAGUUAAUUUUUUUAAAUUUAAUAUUUAGGAAUUUCAAUAUUUUUUAGAGUUAUAUGUUUAUUUUUACACCUGAUAUUAUGAUUCAUAAUUAAUAGGGAAAAAUGUUUAGAAAUUAAAAAUUUUGACAAAAUUUAAGGUUUAAGUGUAGCUUUAAAGUUUGACAAAUUUAAAAUUUCCGUGAAAUUAAGACAUUUUUCUUAAAUCUGGUAUGACUAAAACAAUAUUAAGGUAGUCUAG